AUGCCCCCAUCCUACAGCAGCGCGCAGAAGAGCGCGCUCGCCGAGUUCACCCAAGUCACGCAGUCCGACAAGAACGCUGCCUCGAAACUGCUCAAACAGCACAACUGGAAUGUCGGCGCCGCCAUUAAUGCAUUCUUCUCCAACGCAUCCAAUGGCGCUCCGAAUCCAGUGCACGCCAACGCCAACAAACUCUUCGACAAAUACCGCGAUGAUCCCAAGAACGAUCCGGAUGAGAUCAACAUUGAAGGCACAUCGAAGAUGCUGGGCGAGAUGACCAUCGGCGUGGAAGACAUUAGCGCCUUCAUCUUCUCCGAGCUCGUCCAGUCGCCCGCUCUCGGCAAAAUCACGCGCGAAGGCUUCGUCGAUGGCUGCUUGGAGACAAGCUGCGACACUCUGCCCAAGAUCCGCAACGUCGUCAUCCAGCGACGCUCACAACUCUCCGCCGAUCCCGACAUCUUCCGCAACGUCUACAACCACGCCUUCGUCCUCGGCCUCUCCAACAAUCAAAAAUCCCUCUCCCAGGACGUCGCCGCCGAGUUUUGGUCGCUGCUCUUCUCGUCGCAGGGCUUCGCAUGGCGCACAAGAACCAGUCCGUGGUUGGAGUGGUGGCUUGAGUUCCAAAAGGAGAAGUGGAACAAGGCAGUCAACAAGGAUCUGUGGCGGCAGACCUUGACCUUUGCCGAGCAGACGAUGAAGGAUGAAACGCUGGGCUUUUGGACGGAGGAGAGCAGCUGGCCGAGUGUCAUUGACGAGUUUGUGGAGUGGGUGAAGACCGAGAAGAGGGGUGGAGGGGGUGACGAAGCUAUGGAUGUUGCGUAG